UGCCGAAUUCUUUUCCAAGACGGCAUUUCCAGAGUUACUACAAGUACCUGCGCUCCAAUUCCCUUCAAAAUGGCCUACGAUCAAAGAGCAAAGAGGAGAAAGACUGACGACGACAGCUAUGUCGACGCUUCGUUCCCGUCAGAAGGCGGUAGCGGCCGCAAGUGGACAAUCUCCAUUGCCAUUCCCAGCAGUGUUCUCGCAGAUGCCCUCACAGCCGAGCGCCGCAACUCCGUAGCUGGCCGCAUCGCCCGCGCCCUCGCCGUCUUCUCCGUCGACGAGAUCGUAAUCUUCGACGACAGCCCGACCGAAUCCCGCCCCAAGAGCGUCGACACAAAGGCCUACACCGGCGACAUCGACCCCUCCCACUUCCUCGAGCACCUCCUCGGCUACCUCGAGGUCCCGCCCUUCAUGCGCAAGAUGCUCUUCCCCCUCCACCCGAACCUGCGCCUCGCCAGUCAGCUUCCAUCCCUCGAGAUGCCGCACCACCCCAACCCGGCCGAAUGGCUCCCCUACCGCGAAGGCGUCGCCGGCAAGGGAACACCCCGAGGCACCAUGAUCGAUAUCGGCCUCAAGGACCAGGUCCUCAUCGAGGAUGAGGUGCCUCCCAACACCCGCGUGACGUUGUACCACCCGGACCAGAGGUCGCAAAAGGCCGAGGCGUGCGAUCCGUCGGCGCCGAGGGAGGAGGGCGGCUUCUACUGGGGAUACCAGGUCCGACGCGCCAACUCAUUGACGGCGCUGUUCACGGAGUGCAAGUACGAGGGCGGUUACGACGUCAGCAUCGGUACCUCGGAGCGUGGACGGACACUCUCUGAGGCCUUCCCUAGUGCAGAGCCCCUGGAGUUCAAGCAUCUUCUCAUUGCGUUUGGUGGACCCAGAGGUAUUGAAUAUGCGGCGUUGAACGACAAGGAGCUCGAGGGUAUGGAUAUGGGUCCUUCAAAGGCCAAGGAGCUGUUUGACCACUGGGUCAACAUCUUGCCUGGUCAGGGCAGCCGUAACAUCAGGACGGACGAGGCUCUUUGGGUAGCGUUGACGAGCAUGAGGAGGUUGUGGUAUGAGGUUUGAUGCUGCUCUGCGAUGUUCAGGGGCGCUGUGUUGGACCGGCAUCUUGACGGAGACAUGAUACCCAUAAUGAAAGUUUGAUUCCAUGGACCAACUCUUCCGUUAAUCACAUCGCAUAGUGCAGGCCGUUGAAGGAUUAUGGAGGUACUGUCUAUUUUAAGGACAGUUCUGCGAUACGCCAUCAUUGAAUACGCCAAAUAGAUGAAGGAGCAUCCAUCAGGCAGGAUCACAUCUGAGUUCACAGGGAGUUGUAGAAUUGGUUGUUUCGGUGCUGCAUAAAGCAUGCCAGUGAUCGUCCAGAAACUGACCAAAGCAAUCAAUGGCCGGUGCUCUUCACUAAAAGACUCUUCCAUGUCAUCACCUGUUGCAGUCACAGGAAAAGGAGCGGCGGUCGUCUCUACUUAUCCAUUUUCCCAAUCUU